AUGGCUGUGUCCUUGCCACCCACUCUGAGGCUCAGUCCUGCUCCUGAUGAAAUUCAGCACCCACACAUGAAAUUUUCUGAGUGGAAAUUUAAGCUAUUCAGGGUGAGAUCCUUUGAAAAGGCACCCGAAGAAGCCCAAAAGGAGAACGGUCCCUCGGAGGAGAACCCUUGCCUAGAGCAGUCUCCGGUAGUUCCGGACAAGCCUGGUGGUCAGAAUUCAGCUCCAACUCAACGAGCACUGAAACUACACCCUAAAUUUUCAAAGAAAUUCCAUGCUGAUGGGAAGUCAAGAGACAAAACAAUUCACCAAGCCAGGCUUAGACACUUCUGCCGCAUCUGUGGGAAUCCAUUCAAGGGUGAUGGGCAUAAUCGGAGAUACCCAGUCCAUGGGCCUGUGGAUGCCAAAACCCAAAGCCUUUUCCGAAAGAAGGAAAAGAGAGUCACUUCCUGGCCAGUCCUCAUUGCCAGAGUUUUCCGGAUUGAUGUGAAGGCGGAUGUUGACUCGAUUCACCCCACUGAGUUCUGCCACAACUGCUGGAGCAUUAUGUACAGGAAGUUCAGCAGUGCUCCCUGUGAGGUCUACUUCCCAAGGAACACGACCAUGGAGUGGCAUCCCCACACAGCAUCCUGCGACAUCUGCCUGCCUAACCACCAGGGACUCAAGAGGAAGAGGCAUCAGCCCAAUGUGCAGCUCAGCAAGAAACUAAAAACUGUGCUCAACCAAGCGAGACGGGACCGUCAGCGCAAGCGAGUUCAGGCUAGGGUCAGCAGUAAGGAAGUCAUGAAGAAGCUCUCCAACUGCAGUAAGAUUCAUCUGAGUACCAAACUUCUUGCAGUGGACUUCCCAGCACCCUUUGUGAAAGCCAUCUCCUGCCAGAUAUGUGAACACAUUCUGGCUGACCCCGUGGAGACCACCUGUAAGCACGUAUUUUGCAGGAUCUGCAUUCUCCGAUGUCUCAAAGUCAUGGGCAGCUAUUGUCCCUCUUGCCGAUAUCCGUGCUUCCCUACUGACCUGGAGAGUCCAGCGAAGUCCUUUCUGAACAUCUUGAAUGCUCUGAUGGUGAAGUGUCCUGCACAAGAGUGUGAUGAGGAGGUGAGUCUGGAAAAGUAUAACCACCAUGUCUCAAGCCACAAAGAGUCCAAAGAGACUUUGGUGCAUAUUAAUAAAGGGGGCCGGCCUCGUCAACAUCUCUUGUCACUGACACGCAGGGCUCAGAAACAUAGGCUGAGGGAACUCAAGAUUCAAGUCAAGGAAUUUGCUGACAAAGAAGAAGGUGGGGAUGUGAAGUCUGUGUGCUUGACGUUGUUCCUGCUGGCACUGAGGGCCAGGAAUGAGCACAGACAAGCUGACGAGCUAGAGGCCAUCAUGCAGGGGCGGGGCUCUGGUCUGCAGCCAGCUGUUUGCUUGGCCAUACGUGUCAACACCUUCCUCAGCUGCAGCCAGUACCAUAAGAUGUACAGGACCGUGAAAGCUAUCACAGGGAGGCAGAUUUUUCAGCCUUUGCACGCUCUUCGAAAUGCUGAGAAAAUCCUUCUGCCAGGCUACCACUCCUUUGAGUGGCAGCCUCCUCUGAAGAAUGUGUCCUCCAGAACGGAUGUUGGCAUUAUUGAUGGGCUGUCUGGACUUGCCUCCUCUGUGGAUGAAUAUCCAGUGGAUACCAUUGCGAAGAGGUUCCGAUAUGAUUCUGCUUUGGUGUCUGCUUUGAUGGACAUGGAAGAAGACAUUUUGGAAGGAAUGAGAUCCCAAGAUCUUGAUGACUACUUAAAUGGCCCCUUCGUUGUCGUGGUGAAGGAGUCUUGUGAUGGAAUGGGGGACGUGAGUGAGAAGCAUGGCAGUGGGCCUGCGGUCCCCGAAAAGGCGGUUCGCUUUUCAUUCACAAUAAUGAGAAUUACGAUAGAGCACGGCUCACAGAAUGUGAAGGUGUUUGAGGAACCCAAGCCUAAUUCCGAACUGUGUUGCAAGCCGUUGUGUCUUAUGCUGGCGGAUGAGUCUGACCAUGAGACCCUGACUGCCAUCCUAAGCCCUCUCAUUGCUGAAAGGGAGGCCAUGAAGAGCAGUGAGUUAAUGCUGGAGAUGGGGGGCAUCCUCAGGACUUUCAAAUUCAUCUUCAGGGGCACUGGAUAUGAUGAAAAACUUGUCCGGGAAGUAGAAGGCCUGGAAGCCUCUGGCUCAGUCUACAUCUGUACACUUUGUGAUGCCACUCGUCUGGAAGCCUCUCAAAAUCUUGUCUUCCACUCCAUAACCAGAAGCCAUGCUGAGAACCUGGAGCGCUAUGAGGUUUGGCGGUCCAAUCCCUAUCAUGAGUCCGUGGAAGAACUCCGGGACCGGGUGAAAGGGGUUUCUGCCAAACCUUUCAUUGAGACAGUCCCUUCUAUAGAUGCACUCCACUGUGACAUUGGCAACGCAGCUGAAUUCUAUAAGAUUUUCCAACUGGAGAUAGGGGAAGUGUAUAAAAAUCCCAAUGCCUCUAAAGAAGAAAGGAAGAGAUGGCAGGCCACACUGGACAAACAUCUCCGGAAAAGGAUGAACCUAAAACCAAUCAUGAGGAUGAAUGGUAACUUUGCCCGGAAGCUGAUGACCCAAGAGACUGUAGAUGCAGUUUGUGAGCUAAUUCCUUCUGAGGAGAGGCACGAAGCUCUCAGGGAGCUGAUGGACCUCUACCUGAAAAUGAAACCCGUGUGGCGCUCAUCAUGUCCUGCUAAAGAGUGUCCAGAGUCCCUCUGCCAGUACAGUUUCAACUCACAGCGUUUUGCUGAGCUCCUCUCUACCAAGUUCAAAUACAGAUAUGAGGGCAAAAUCACUAAUUAUUUUCACAAAACCCUGGCACAUGUCCCUGAAAUUAUUGAGAGGGAUGGCUCUAUUGGGGCAUGGGCGAGUGAAGGGAAUGAAUCUGGUAAUAAACUGUUUAGACGCUUCCGGAAAAUGAAUGCCAGGCAGUCCAAGUGCUAUGAGAUGGAAGAUGUCCUGAAACACCACUGGCUGUAUACUUCUAAAUACCUCCAGAAGUUUAUGAACGCUCAUAAUGCAUUAAAAGUUUCUGGCUUUACCAUGAACUCAAAGGAGACCUUAGGGGACCCUUUGGGUAUUGAGGACUCUCUGGAAACCCAAGAUUCAAUGGAGUUUUAA